UUGGGCCGCCGCGGUCCGUCCUCGUCAUGGACGCUUGGUGGGAUGAGCUGACGCUUGCCUUUUCUCACACAUCUAUGUUCCCCUUUUUUGACAUCGCUCACUACCUGGUGUCCUUGAUGGCGCUGAAGCACCAGCCGGAUUUGAACAGGUCAUCAUUUCUUAUCACCAGAUGUAUAUCAUUAAACCUUGGCAUCAUUUCACUUGACAGGAUGUGUACACCACAGAAAAUUAACAUCUGCCAGUUCAUGUUCACUCCUGGGCACAUGAUGUUGUGUGGAAUGGAGCAGCAGCAGUGGCAUGGAAGAAUCCUAUUUCAAGUUGGUUUACUGCUAUGCUCCAUUGUUUUGGUGGAGGAAUUUUAUCCUGUGUACUGCUUGCGGAACCUCCAGUGAGAUUUCUUGAUAACAACACUAACAUAUUACUGGCAUCUUCAAUCUGGUAUAUUAUAUUUUUUUGCCCACGUGACCUAGUUUCCCAGGGCUGUUCUUUCCUACCUGUUCAACUCUUGGCUGCGGGAAUGAAGGAGGUGACUAGAACUUGGAAAAUAGUAGGUGGAGUCACACAUGCUAGUAGCUAUUACAAAGAUGGCUGGAUAGUCAUGAUAGCUGUUGGAUGGGCCCGAGGUGCAGGUGGUAGUGUUAUAACGAAUUUUGAACGGUUGGUAAAAGGAGGUUGGAAACCAGAAGCUAAUGAAUGGCUGAAGAUGUCCUACCCUGCCAAGGUAACCCUGCUGGGGUCAGUAAUCUUCACAUUCCAGCACACUAAGCAUCUGGGAAUAUCAAGGCAUAAUCUCAUGUUCCUUUUUACCAUGUUUCUUGUGGUCACAAAGAUAACCAUGAUGGUUACAGAGACUACUAUUAUGCCUUUUGCUCCUUUUGAGGAUGCACUGAGUCGGAUGCUGUUUGGCUGGCAGCAGCAGUUCUCAUCAUGUGAAAAGAAAAGUGAAACAAAACCAUCUUUUAAUAGUACUGGUUCUUCAGCUUCAAAACCUAUAACUGAUUCUUCAGAUAGAGUUAAAAAGAAACAGACUAAGAAGAUUCAGUAAAUUUACUUUCUGAGCUGUUGAAGGAAAAAAAUUUUUCUUAUCUACCUGUCAGACUAUGAUAGAAUUUUUCUAUGUAAAUGAUGUGAAAUAAAGAUUAUAUAUGAGGAAUGGAGGUGACAAAAAGAAAGAACUUCUUUCUUUUUCAGGGAGGCUGCCCCUUUCUGGAUUGUAAUUCUUGAGUGUUAUGAGUAUCAUGUGAAAUUGUUUUUCUUGAGUUAUUAUAUAAAAGAUUCUGUUGUGAUUGUUUUAAUAAUUCUGUAUUGAUGAAAGAAGGCUAGAUUUUUAAAUUUUAGUGAAAGUAAACUUUUGUCAUUGCAAAGUAACAAAAAUUAAAUCAUUUUUGUUUUAUUCAGAUAUUUUCAUACAUAAUUUUCAUUUGAAUCUGAGCUUUAGUUUAGCAAAAUUAAACUUUUACUUCACAUCACCAUCAUAAUUCCUAGAUAUGGAAAGCAGUUUCUGUUCAUUUUUGAGUACUGGGAAGAGUAUGUAACUUUACCUAAAUUCAUUGAAUAUUAUGAAUGAAAAUAAAUGACCAAUUUAUAUGUCAGAUAUAAGAAUUGUAUUUUUUACCCACAUUAAGUGGAAAAUAUUUGAAAUUUUAUUUUAAUUUUUCUUAGUAUUUUUCAGUGAGAAGAGUAUUAUUAGUACAAGUCUUGGGUUGAAGUCUUUUUCAUGCUCUCAUUUGCAGUGUUGUUCUUAAAAGAGAAUUGAGUUUAUUUUUAAACAAUUAUUUUGCCCAUGUUUUGCUUUGUAAGUUUCAUUUUAGGAUCUUAUUUUUUUCCUCUGUCCUUAAAACACAUUACUUUUAACUGUAGGAGAAAUUAUUUUUCCUCAGCAUUUAGUAUACUCUUAACAUCUUUCAGAUCUUACUUGGUCUGGAUACAUUGUACCAUCUUAAUGAUUCAACAAAAAAUAUUAUUCCAAUUUAAAAAUUUCCCCUUUAUGUCUCCUUUCUAUUGGUACUUUUCAGUUCUUUAGUUGAAUGUCUCUUACUAGUUUGCAUGUUUGUUAUAUUUUAAUCUACAUUUAUAUAUAUCAUUAAUUUUAUUUUAAAUUGAGCUAAUUUACCUUUAUGUGAAAAUGUUCAGCUUUAAUGAGAAUUGUUCUUGGGCAUUUGGUAGUACCCAGCUAACCAAGAAUAAAUAGAAAUUAAGAUCUGAUGAGAGAGUCCAUGUGAAUGAAGGCAGAUGAUAUUAAAUCUGGUUACUUACUAGCCCCCAUCCCGCAAAAAAGAAGAAAAGGUACUAAAUAAUGUUAAAUUUUCUUGUUUAGUUUUAUAUUUUAAAAGUCCAGUUAGAACUUAAAAAAAUCUGUGACUAACAGGAUUUCUUCUACCAAGGCCAUGAAUCUGCUACACCUGCAAAAAUUAGCAUAUAAUAGGCAUUUUUGGGUGGUUUAGAAGUACUCAGAUCACAUUCAAGUUAGAAGUUUUUUGUUUAAAAAAAUUUUUAACGAAUAUAAAUACCAGUAGUACUCUAUUUUUACUUGUUACAAAGAAAGAUUUUGGAUGGAAGGACCUUUGAUAACCUCGGGGUGCUAAAAGUUUAUUUUUGAUAUUGUGAGAGAAAUUAUUAAAUAUCUAAGUUCUGUAUUGUAUUUGAUACCCGUGUAGUUAAAAACUUUUCCAAAUUAACAUGUUACUAAUUAUUGACUUAGUUUUGAAGUUUGGGUUUAAUAUAGUUGAAAUAGCUUGAAUCUUGUUUCACACUUGUAUUAAAGACAAAUUUAUUAAAACAAGUUUUUUAGCA